ACAGCAACAACAGCAACCUUGUUGUUGAUCGUCUCUUCUCGUCACCAUCAUGAGCGGCAACGGAGGCCGCCCUCGCGGGUACGUCGACCCCGACUUCCCCAACCCCGACGGCGAGUGGGACACGCCCAUCAUCAUCUACGGCUACACGCCCGCCAUCGCCCUCUCCGCCUUCGCCGCCGCCUGGUUCUUCCUCCUCCUCGUCGCGCACGCCGUCCAGGCGGCCCGCCGCCGCAGCUGGUGGUUCGUCACCUUCUCCGUCGGCCUGCUCUUCGAGAUCGUCGGCUACGUCGCCCGCUCCCUCUCCGCCGAGCGCGACCCCUACCACCUCAUCUACUUUGUCCUCAACUACUUCUUCAUCGUCACCGCGCCCGUCUUCCUCGCCGCCGGCAUCUACACCGUCCUCUCCGCCCUCAUCUCCCGCCUCGGCGAUGACACACGCUACGCCUUCCUCCCGCCCCGCGUCAUCCUCGCCUUCUUCAUCACCUCCGACGUCAUCUCCACCGUCGUCCAGGUCGCCGGCGCCGCCCUCAUCGGCGUCCGCUCCUCCCGCCGCCAGGACCCCACCGCCGCCAACAACAUCCUCCUCGGCGGCCUCGCCUACCAGGUCUUCGCCAUGGGCGUCUUCGUCGUCCUGGCGGCCACGUUCCUCGUCCGCGCCCGCCGCGCCAUCGCCGACACGGGGCUGUCCGUCUUUUGCGCCGUCUUCGCCGCCGCCACGCUGCUCGUGUACCUGAGGACGACGUUUCGCCUCGCCGAGACGGCCCAGGGCCUGUACGGCGCGCUGCAGACCAACGAGGUGUACUUUGCGUGCCUCGAGUUCGCGCCCAUUGCGCUGGCCGUGCUGCUCUUUGCCGUGUGGCACCCUGGGCGGUGCGUCGGGAGCACGGUCAGGGUGAGGGAUGAGGAGAAGAGCAGAUAUGCCCGGCAUGCGUCUUGAGGAUUGUAGAGGCUAACUAAUGGGUUUUCUUUUCUUUGCGCGCGUUGGGCUGUAACUCGGUGCUCUUGCCGUACUACCCUCACGGAGGGUCCGAGACAUUCGAGAAAUAUCACAAGAUGUCCUUGACCCGUUAGUCAUGACGUUCUUCAGCAGGCCGCUUUGGUUGUACGUAUGUAUGUCGCAGUCGGCUUGUUACCGCCGGGCAAGUACCUAAUCGGCAACCCGAAACCCUCCCUACCUAUAGCGAGCUUGCCCGAUGUGAUAACGAACCCCUCAACACGAUGCAUCUCGAUGCGCCAGCCCCCGCUUGAUUCAAAGCCUCUCUCGACCCGUCGCUGACGCAUCGAGAUGCAGAGCCUUCGCGCUUCUCAAGAGACACAUGCCGCUUCUAAUCAGGGCGACGAAGAAACGUCGUCAAGAAAGCUGCAAUGGGGGAGAGCCACGUACGCCGGAGCGUUGUGCUUCAAUAUCGCAGCAUUUCUCCUGCCCGCCUUGUACAGCACGCUUUCUAAACUCUGGAUUGCCCAUAUAGACGCCUCCAUGGUGGCGACUUCAGAUGUCUACACAUACAUCAUGACCCUCGCAGAGGUCAUCAACGAAGGCCUCCCCCGCGCCGCAUGGUCCACCAUUGCAACCCGUCCGGCUGGACCAGCCCGCCUCUCCCUC